AGUAACCUAGCACUCAUUUUGAUGCUUCUAAACAUUGAGCUCUCUAUCGCAUGUGGUAGAGCAGAGUACAGAAUAGUUGAUGAGUGCUGUCCUAUGUGUUCGCCAGGUAAGGACCAGUUCUGUAUACAAUAUGGAUUAUUAUGAAGAAAAUACAUUUCAAUACCAAUCAAUCCAUGACACUGACCUUCUAUCCCACAGGAAACCGGGUACAUAAACACUGUACAGAAUUUACAAGUACUUCCUGUGUCCCCUGUUCCGACUCCACUUUCCUUGAUGAACCCAAUGGUCUUACGGCAUGCAUACAGUGUACAAACUGUGACCCAGGCUUUGGUUUGAAGGUAAAGCAGCCGUGUAGACCUUCAUCAGACACUGUCUGUGGGACACUGGAGGGGUUCUACUGUCUAGACCCAACUAAGGAUGGUUGUAGAGCAGCCCAGAGACACAGCAGCUGUACACCUGGUCAAUACAUCAGCCACACAGGUUGGUCUUCAUGCAAAUCUUCCAUUGACAUCAGUGCAUGAUUUAUGCAGUCGUGAGUUAAGCACAUCUCAAGUUAGGACCCUGAGUUUCACCCUGUGUUGAUGCAGGAACAACAUCUGCAGAUACUGUGUGUGCUGACUGCACUGGUGAUACUUAUUCAGAUGGAUCAUUUACAUCCUGCCAACCAUACACACAGUAAGUAAAUGGUUAUUUCCCUCAAAAUAUAAACUAAAUACUACAAUAAUAUGCUCACAUAGGAAUGUAAAACUGAAAGUUUGGUGACCAAAUUGUUGAUUACCAGUGGUCUGUUUCUCUUAUUAUAGAUGUGAUACCUUGAAGCUUCAGCAAAUUAAACCUGGAACUCAUUGGUCUGACUCUGAAUGUGGACCACAGACCUCCCUUCCCAAAGCUACAAUAAUAUCUGCUGUUGUGGUGGUGGUGGUACUAGCUGUGAUAGCAGCAGUGACGACAGUAGCUAUUAGAAUAAAAAAAAGAAAAGAUCCUAUAUCU